AUCAGUAUACCUACAUGAGGAAGAAAAAUUCUCUGAUUUUCUGGGAGAAAAUAAAAUCAGGAGAAAGAAAAGUUUACAAGUACAACUGCAUAAAAAAAGAACUGAGCCUGGAACCAAGACACCAGAAGACUUUACUCUGCAUGCUUCUUGUCUAGCGACUUCCUCUCCUUCUCUGAAGCUGUCAACAGAAAAGAUGACUAGAAAAAAAACCUCUUUGUACAAAUCGCCAGAUCGACCCAGCGUUUGCAGGACGUCAUUACCCAGUCAUAGAUCUUCCUCAAUUUGGGGGGAGAAGGAAAUUGUUUCUAAUCUCUACCUGACAUUGUAUGAUAAUAUGUCCCAAGUAUACUUACACUCACAAGAAAUAAAUGCACUUCAUAAAGCCUGCAAAAUUUUUAGUAAAAUUCGAAGUGGCAAAAUUUAUGUGAAUGAUCUGCCAAUAAUCCUUGCCAUCUUAAAGAUUUCUAUAAAUGAUUCAGAAAUGCGACAGGCACUAAAAGCAACUGAUAUCGAUGUUAAUGGAAUGCUGGAUUUUACAAAUUUUCUUAUGGCUGUGAAUGAAGCUGCUUUGGUCUCUCAGGAUCCAGCAUUUCAGAAAGCCUUGAAUACGUUUAGUAGGAUCAGAGAUGGUCGAGUUGGCACUAAUGAAGUGAUGGAUGUUUUGGAUGGGAUGGAUAUUUCUAUAAACCUUGAAACUUUUCAUGAAGUGUUAAAAUAUUCCUAUGUUGACAAUAACCACAUGGUGGAUAUUGGAGAUGUUGUAUUUACUUUGAACGAACUGCUGCAGCAGUAUGAGGAUGUUUCAAUUACAGAUGCGUCAGCUUUGCAUGAAACCACUUCAAAACAAAAGUUAUUCGAUAUAACAGAACACAAUCUACCGUACCAUAGGAAGAGAAGUUUGCCUUCCAAGCCAUCUGACUCUUCAGUACGCAGAAAGUAUCAUAGUAAAAUAAUGGAGGAAAAAGAUGGCUCUGAAUUUAAAAGACCAAAAAAUGUUUGGCAAGAAAGAAAACUGCUGAGUGGAACUGAUACCAGUAAUGCAAGAAUUCAGGAACCAUAUUCAUUGGAUGGUGGAAACUCAGAAAAGCCUUCAGAGCAGGCUGGAAUUCUUGACUCAAAGUCUGAAAAUAUUGCAAGCCUCAGUAAGUCUCCGGAUGAAAGUGGCAUUUCUGGUAUCCCCGAACUUCAGCAGUCAGCUUUCAGAAAGCAUUCCAACCUCCUAAAACAAGUUUCACCUAAGGAAGAAGCUUCAGUUAAUACUUGGGAAAAUGUCUGUGAACCUAGGAGUGACUUCCAGGAGGGUUACGCUGCUGCCAGAGAACUUCAGCCUGUUUUGCCUUCAAAAGGAGUUCGUUUAUUAGAUGAAGAGUCCCAGGAGAACGCAGUAGAUGCAACUAGAGAUGUGUUGACUGAUGUCAUUAAAGCUGUUGAUAAAAUUAAAGAUGGAACUGUUGAUUAUGCAGAUCUAAAUAAUUGUCUUCAAAAUUUUGGAGUUUACCUUUCUAAGCCAGAAUUUGAGAAGAUCCAGGAGUUGACUGAAGUUGAUGAUGCAAAAAGAGUGAAUUUUAAAAAAUUUGUUGAUACUAUGUUGAGCAACACAGAACGCUUCUCUGAAAAAUUAUUGUUGCCCAAUGCUGUUGAAAGCCUCCACAGUCUCAGCAAGGAGAAGAUGAGUGUUUCUGGUCUGUGGAAUACUCUGUCUAGUUUGAAUAGCAGUUUAAAUAAAGAUGAGUUCCUGGCUGCACUCAAUUUAGUAAAAGUUGAUGAUUUACUUAAAGAGGUUACAGUUCUUAAUAGUCUCAGAAAUGACAAGAUGCUUGUAAAUGAACUGGGCUCCAAACUCUCGAGUGCUGGAAUUGCAUUGAGCAAUGAGACAUUCCAAGAGAUCUUGAAACAAGCGUCUGUUGAUGAAAAUAAUAAAGUAAGUCUCAAAGAAAUUUUGGAGAACUUGAGUGCAAAUAAGCCAUCACCUGUAUUUGAAGAUAUAAACACUGCCCUCAAAAAUGUCAAUUUGAUGAACUCUGAUAGAAUUCCAGUUAAUGACCUGAGAGAUGCUUUUAAAGACCUAGAUGUCUCUUUAAAGCCUGAAGAACACCAGAUGUUAGAGAAAACACUUGAUGUUGAUGAAAAUGGAGAUAUUUCCCUAAAAGCUGCGCUUUUAACAUUGAAAAACAAUAAGCGUUUAGAAGAUUUCAAAGAGGUUAAUGAACUUGCAAAGGCUUUAGGUAACUUCAACAACAAAAGAAUUGAUGUUGAUGAAAUAAAAUCUACACUGAAAGGCCUAGGGAUUUAUUUUCCGGAGGAAGAAUUACACGUGGUGCUCUCCUCCCUUUCUGUUGAUAAAGAAGGGAAAGUGGACUUAAAAGAUUUUCUGAAUGGGUUGGUGCAAACACCAUAUUUUACCAAAGAGUCAAGAUUGCAAAUUGGUGUUCAUGACCUUGACAAUAUACUUGGAAAUGUGGCACUCAGAGUUGCAACUGAAGAACUUAAUGAUCCAACACCAAAUACAUCAGUUACUGGAGGAGAGAUUGAUGUGAAGAAUGUUCUGGAAAACAGGAGAAUAGAGCCAACACCUAAAGAAAGCCUGGAGUCUUUAAACGUUUUGCCAGUUGGUGCAAAUGCAAAGCUCUAUCAAAAGAAGUUAAAGGAUGGUGUGAAAUCCCUUAAAGGAGGGAUUGUUGAUGUUAGUAACCUGGACACUGUUUGGCAAAACGUGAAGAGGAAACUCAGAGAAGAUAAAGUCAAUGAUUUUAAGAAGAGCAUGCCAGUUGGUGGUGGAAUCCUUGAUGUCACUAAACAGGACACUGUUUCGCAAGACAUGGGAAUGCAACUUUCAGAAAUGGAAAGUAAAGAUUUAAUGGAGAAACUGCCUGUUGAUGUUAAUGGGAAAUAUAAAAUGACAAAGUUGAUGAAUGAAGUUAAAAAUUUCACUGGCAAAGAAGUUGAUGCCAAUGAUCUGCUACACGUUCUGGGAGACAUGGGAAUAGAGCUCACUGAGAGCGAAUGUGCGAAGCUACAGCAAAACGUACCCACGAAUGCUUCUGGGAAGGUGUAUCAGAAGAGAUUGUUGGAGGGUGUGAAGGCUAUGAAAGGUGGAAUGGUUAAAAUCAAUAACCUAGACACUGUUCUGGAAAACCUGGGAAUUCAACUCACAGAGAAGGAAUGUGAAAAUCUGAUCGAAAAUCUGCCAAUUAGUGCUAGUGAAAAGGUUGAUCUGAGUAAAUUGCUGGAAGCAGUGGAGAUUGUCACAGGAGAAUCUAUUAAUGUUAAUAACCUUGAUUCAGUUGUGGAAAACAUGGGAUGGAAGCUUACAGAAGAAGAAAUUAAGGAUUUGAAAUGCAGUCUGCCCACUAAUCGAGAAAAGAUUGAUGUGCGAGAUCUACCUGAUGUUCUGAGCAAUGUGGGCAUUGAGCUAACAGACAAAGAACAAAUGAAGCUGCUGAAGAAUCUGCCAGUUGAUGGUGAGCCUUCUGGAAACUUCUGUUUUAUGGAGCUACAGGAAGAGGCUUCUGGGGAGAUCUACAGGAAUAGAUUGUUGAGUGGUGUGAAGUCUUUCAAGGGAGGGAAAGUUCAAAACAGUAAAAGGGGUAGUGUUCUAGAAAACUUGGGAAUUAAACUCACAGAACAGGAGCUUGAAGAUCUAGCAGAAAAGAUACCAGUCAGUGAUUCUGGGAAUAUUAAUUUCAGUGAGCUGAUGGAUGAAGUGAAAAUGUUGACAGGAGGUGAAGCAAAUAUCAGAGAAGUCAAGAGCAUUCAUGAAGCUAUGGGCGUGGAUCUCACAGAGAAGGAAGAUUCAGAGUCCGUGAAAACAUCACCUGCUGAUGCUGAUGAUAGGAUGAUGAAUGGUGUGAAAGCUCUUGAAGGAGGAAAGCUUGAUCUCAACAAACUGGACACAGUAUUAGGAAACAUGGGGAUGAAAAUUUCAGAAAAGGAAUUCAAAGAUAUUGCAAAGAACCUACCAGUGAAUGGAGGGAAGGCUAAUGUUAACGGCAUAGACAUCGCUCGGCAACACAAAGGGAUCAAACCUUCAGAAGCAGAACCGGGAGAUUUGGCAGUUGACGAAGGGAUGAUUAAUGUUAGUGACUUCAACAAAGUUCUUGAAAAUAUGGAAAUUAAACGCACAGAAAAAGAAUUUGAAGAUCUGACAAAAAAACUUCCAGUCAAUGGAGAAGACGUUGAUAUUGAUGCCAUAAAAGAUGUUGUACAAAAUUUGGGAAUAGAACUUACAGAUAAGGAAUGCAUGGAACUGGUGGAAAAAUUAUCAGCUUGUGCUGACAGAAAAAUCCUGCAGAACAAAUUGCUGGAAGGUAUAAAGACUCUUAGAGGGGGGAAAAUUGAUGUCAAUAAACUAGAUACGCUUCUUGGAAACAUGGGGGUGAGUCUCACAGGCACAGAACUUGAAGAUCUGACACAGGGCCUACCAGUGAAUGUUGAUGGGAAAGUUGACUUGAAAAAAGUGAUGAGUAGAGUUAAAGAUUUCACAGGUGAAAAGAUUAAUGUCAAUAACCUGGAAACAGUACUGGAAAACAUGGGGGUCAAACUUUCUGAAGGGGAAUACACAAAGCUGAUGAAAACACUGCCAGUUAAUGAUGAUGGAACAGUGUACCAAAAUAGAUUACUGAAAGGCGUAAAAUCUUUGAAAAGAGGAAAGGUUGACAUAAACAACCUGAAUCCUAUCCUGGAAAAUAUGGAUAUCAAACUCACGGAACAAGAGCUUACACAACUGAGAGACAGCCUGCCUGUGCAUGCUAAUGGAAGAGUUGAUCUGAAUAAGGUGAUGGAUGGAUUGAAAGCAGUCACAGGAGGAGAGGUUGAUGUCAAUGAUGUGAGAACUGUUCUGGAAAAUAUGGGGAUAGAACUCAAUGAUGAGGAAUUCUUGGAACUUAUGAAAAACCUGCCAUUUGAUGAUGAUGAAAAGAUCUUCCAAAACAGAUUGCUAGAAAGUGUGAAAUCUCUUAAAGGUGGGAAGGUCAGUAUCAACAAUUUGAAGAAUGUACUGGAUAACAUGGGCAUCAAGCUAAAGAAUAAUGAACUUAAAGAUCUGACUCACAAUCUCCCUGUUGGUAUUGAUAAGAAGAUUUCUCUACCAACAUUGGUGGAUAAAUUGAAAAUGUUUACAGGUGAGAAGAUUGAUUCUAAUGACCUGAGCAGCGUCCUGGGGGACCUGGAGAUUGAACUCACGAAGAGGGAGCAGGAGAGGCUGCUGGAUACACUGCCAACCGACGAUGCUGGAAAAAUAUAUCGCAAUAGAUUACUGAAGGCAAUUAAGUCUCUCAAGGGAGGGAAAAUUCACGUACACAACCUAGACAGUACUCUAGAAAAAUUGGGAAUUGAGCUCACAGAAGAGGAACUUGCACAGCUGUCAGAAGGCCUCCAAGUUGAUGUUAAUGGAAAGACAGAUCUAAAAGAAGUAAUGGAUAGAGUUAAAGCUAUUACAGAGAUGAGAUUAACAGAUCUACAUUAA